AGUCUGUGCCCGACCGUACUACGGUCACUGACCACUAUUUUCUUCUAUGCACACAUUUUUUUCCGAUUCCUUAUUUUGGUCAUAUCAUUUUUCUUUCUUUUCUAUACUCCCACCCCUUUCCCCAUGUAAUACCUCAAAGAGAAACUUCAAUCGAUUCUGGUGAAACGUGUUUAAUUCGAUUAGUGUAGUGGGUAGUAGUGGGUAGUAGUGGGUAGUGCUUGUAGUGGUGGUGGUCAAACCAAGUGGGAACAAUACCAAAAAUUACAUUUAUUUCAUUUCUUUAAGGACAACUUUCUUUUCCUCCCCUCCCCCAAUUCCUCCACGUCGUCGUCAUCGUCGUCCUUGGGUCCUCUUCGUGGUAGUCGCCGUUUUCUUUUUUUUUUUCUUUCGGAUCAACUUUUUAUUUGGACAUUUGGGGGAGGAAAGUAUAAGACCAAGUAGACUUUAUAAAUGAAUAACAAUCCUAGUGGCGUGGAAGUCGAGCUGGUGCCACGACUACCGUUGCAUGCUGAUCUUCGUGGUAGCUGACUUUAUUGCGAGAAAGCUGAUAACGACACGACAGAGAUGGGGGGUGUACCACACGUCGAGGGUGGCUUGAACAGCGAACUCUAUGCUGUACCUGUUAAACGAAGGCAGCCUAAGGAUCAAAAGAACAAUUCCGCAUUGCAAAAUAAUAUUCAGGAUAAGGCACCGACCGACGUUGACACCAAUGAUUCCGAGGACAAGGAUGAAAAUUUGCCACCUGGUUGGCAGAAACACGAAGAUGAAAAUGGUCCCUAUUACUGGCACGUUAAAAGUGGAAACAUUCAAAGAGAACCACCAGAAGCACCGCUUCACAACAAAACCGAGAAUCGUAGGAGCUUGGUCAAAGAUAAUGACAGCAUAAAUAAUUUUCAUAGUCUUGGUGGUAUAGUGAAUACCGUAACACGUAGCAAUACGAGCUCAGCUCUCGAUCAGGAAUUGGAGAACAAAAGAAAAGUGGAACUUGCAUUGAAACGAAGAAGCUAUCCAGCUAGAGCCGAUUCCGAAGGUAGAGACAAGCCGAUUAGAUUUGCAGUACGAUCGUUGGGUUGGACGGAAAUUGCUGAAGAGGAUCUAACGCCUGAAAGAUCUAGCAAAGCGGUGAACAAAUGUAUCGUCGAUCUAUCGCUAGGUAGAAACGAUUUACUCGAUGUAGUUGGACGAUGGGGUGAUGGCAAAGAUCUGUUUAUGGAUCUAGAUGAGGGAGCUUUGAAACUAAUCGAUCCGGAAAAUCUCACAGUACUCAAUACUCAGCCAAUUCACACAGUCAGAGUUUGGGGUGUUGGAAGAGAUCAUUGUCGUGAAAGAGACUUUGCAUACGUAGCAAGAGACAGAUCAACUCGAAAGCACAUGUGUCACGUGUUUCGUUGUGACAUCCCAGCGCGUACGAUCGCAAACACCCUUCGUGAUAUUUGUAAAAAGAUCAUGAUCGAACGAUCGCAACAUCAGAAUUUAGCCAAGCCUGUUGAUAUAAAUGGUCGAACGAGUUUGGCGACGAGACCGACGAAUCUACCAACUGAACAUCGACGUUUUCACAGAAACGGACAGGCACUAGUCACGCAAUCGUUUCCAACACCAAUGGAAGAACCAAAGAAAGUACUAAAGGCACAAUAUCUCGGAUCGAUGCAGGUCACCAAUGCAACUGGAAUGGAGGUGUUAAACGAUGCGAUAGAUCACAUUGUAUCAAAUACACCCUUAAAUCAAUGGCGAAACGUUAACGUUGCGGUAGCACCUAGCAUGAUCUCCAUACUCACGCCAAACGACGAGAAAUUGAUCACCGAAUGUCGAGUUCGUUAUUUGUCCUUCCUUGGUAUUGGUCGUAACGUGAAACAAUGUGCUUUCAUCAUGCAUACAGCUCAAGAUCUUUUCAUCGCACAUGUCUUCAAUUGCGAGCCUAGCAGUGGUGCUCUCUGCAAAACGAUUGAAGCAGCUUGCAAGCUAAGGUAUCAGAAAUGUUUGGACGCACAUCCGCAAGGAUUCAGAAACGCAACUAGCCUGAACACGCCGAGUGGUAGGGGAUUAGGAGCGACUUUGAAAUCGCUCGUUGGUUCUCUCACUGGUCGUAGAAAUAAACAAGGCGAAUCCUGAGACGAGGCUCUCUCGCUGCAGGAACUCUGGCCACUGCCUGCUGAGCGAGAGGUGAUCAGACACAGACACCUGCAAUCACCUUUAACAUUGAAAUAUUUCGGAGGUUCACCCCCGAGUGCGUCAUUGAGGUCCCUCCUAUCCCCAUCAUUAGACAGCAGACGUAUCCAAUUAGCUCGUUGGGAAAGCAAUCCCUAAGGAAAAAAGCAAAGCCCCACACAUACACAUAUACACAUACACCCAGUCACACAAAGAGACUAAUUGCAAGAAUCGAUGAAAGGAAUAGACAAGGAAAAAGAAAAGUCUAUUUCUUCGUCAACAAUUUCUCCUCUUUCAAUUGAUAAGAAAAAAAAAACAAAAACCGACUGAUUCGUGAAUUCUCUGCAGAGUGCUAUAAUCUAAUCUCACACACCACAAAUUUAUAUAGUGGACUUACGCUUAAGUGUAUGUCGAUAUAUGAUGUUAUGUAUAUGUAUUUAACAAAUACAAGCAAGCAAAAGUAAUAGCAAACAAAUCGCAAAAAAAUUAAUAAUAAUAAUAAUAAUAAUAAUAAUAAUAAUAAUAAUAAUAAUAAAUGCAAUGACAGAAAUUUUCAAAUAGGCCAACGUGUGCAUUUGAAGUAUACAUCAAGUUUCAAUGUAUUUAAUCUAAUUUACAAUUUUCAAUUGAUUGUUUUACACGAUUGCUAUAGAAAGAUAAGAUGAUAGAUAGAGAGAGAGAGAGAGAGAGAGGGAAAGAGAGUAUAUAAGGAGUAUAAGAGUACGAAUGAGACUCAUCUGUAUAUACGAAAAUGAUAAGAUAAUUCUCCUAAAUCUAAAUCGAAAUCGAAUUAAUAAUCGUGAAGCUCGAUUAGAGAAAGAGAAAGAGAGAGAGAGAGAGAGAUAAAGCGAUAAAAACUUUUGUGUAUAAAAGAGAUAGAGAGAUAAUUAUAUAUGUGUGUUUGCGUGUGUGAAAUUUAUGCUUUUGAACGAUGGAAAGCUAUAUAGAGAGCUUAUAUAUAUAUAUAUAUAUUCUUAACUAUGUACAGAUUAGAAAAAAAAAA